AUGAAUCAUCUCGACGGGAUCAUCGACUUCGGCCCUCGCGGUCACAUACGAGUAGACGUUGAAGCUUUCUUGAGUUGGUUUCCCACUAUCAGGAGGCAUCAUUUCCCAAUCGAUGGCCUGUCUCUGGUCAACAAGUUGCAGGCCCGUCUGCAAAGCCACUACAACAUCACCAGAACCGAGAUUCUGCAAACUCUCUAUACGCUCUGCGACCACCUUCAAUAUCACCCUCUCCCAUUUCAAGGAGAAACGCGAGUGCGAGUAACCGCAGCCUUGACGCACCUGCUAAGAGAAGACAUUGAAAUUAACGGCUUUAACAACAGAGGUCUCUAUCGUCUGCGACAUUCCUUCGUCAUCUUAGCUUACCUAGCGAAUGAUUGUGUGUCGACUUUGCUUGCGGGAGCGCUGUUCGACUUCUGGUACGGGUGCGAGCAGUACAUCCAGCUUAGCGAUGCUCACUACCUCCACAAGGAAUGGAUCCCGGCAGUAAGAAAGAUUGAGGAAGUUGGUGCCGAUGGAAUGGUUCAUGGAGCGGGGCAUAUGGAUUUCGGUGCGCUUGCGACUCGAGGACGAAUACCACAUCGGCUGAUGGGUCUACCCUGGCCAGAUAAUCGAGCACUUUCGGCGCCUGUGACGCGUCGUCGUCGUAGCCCGGACAUGCAAAUGGCGCUGGCUCCAUUCCCCAAUUCCGCUUGGACGUCCCCAAUGAUAUCUCCAGCGGGAUUUCCGAGAACCCAGUACUUCGAUGAGAUCGAUGGUCUCCAGUAUCAGCAAAGAGAGAUGAACAUGAAGCUGGAAAACAUCGACCACAAACUUGAUUUUCUGGUCGGAAACUUUUGA